AUGAAUCCAAAAAUAUUGCAAAAAAGUAAAGGCAGAGACACAGAUGACCGUCUUCUUGAACAUGUCUGGCAAAUGGAAUUUUACUGUGCCUCAAUGCAGAUUUUAUCUGAAGAUACUUAUACCUCUGUAGAUGCUGAAGCAUGCUUUGGAUCAAAGGGUUACAUAGACUUUUAUGUAAAUGACAAGAAAAAAUGGGAGAUAGACAGUUAUAACAUCAACAAAGAUAAAUGGGCACUUAUUGAUAUUCAUAAUAGUGGAAUGGAUGCCUCAGAGCCAGAACAAUCUAAAAAGCAUGAUAUAUAUGUUCUCUGCACUGAAAACUUUGAAUCUGUUCAAUUGAUAUAUCCUGAUGGAUCUGAAGAAUCU